CACCCCAGAAACUACAGCUGCGUCUCACCUUCUAGCCAGUUUGACCUUCCACAGAAUGCUUGGAGAGGGCGGCUUUGGGAAGGUGUUCCUAGCUUCCCAUUCCAUCAGCAAACAGCGUCUGGCAGUGAAAGUAAUAGAAAAGAGUCAAGAAGUGAAGAGCAUUAAGAAAUACUCCAUGUGUGUAGAGAAAGAGGUGCUGAAAAUAACUGGGGAGAGUGCAUUCUUCCCGCACACAUAUGCAGCGUUCCACACACCGGGCCAUAUAUUCUUUGUAAUGGAGUACCUGAGUGGGGGAGACCUCUUCCAAUUAAUACAGCGCAGAGGCCCAUUUGAUGUUCCUACCAUCAGAUUUUUUGCAGCAGAAAUACUCUGUGGGCUGCAGUUCCUGCACACAAGAGGCAUUGUCCACAGGGACAUUAAGACAGACAAUAUACUUCUGGAUGCAGCUGGCCAUGUCAAAAUCGCAGAUUUUGGCCUCUCUGUGAUGAAUGUCCAUGGUGAUAAGAAAAUCUCAGGACAAACUGGGACUCUGUAUUACAUGGCCCCAGAGAUUACCUCUAACAUCCCAUAUAACACCACGGUAGACCUCUUUUCAUUCGGGGUAGUAUUAUUUGAAAUGGCUACCGGAGUAUACCCCUUUCAUGCUGGCGAUGAUUCUGACGAGGUUAUGCUGUCUAUCAGGCAAGAUGCUCCACGCUAUCCGAGCAAUCUCCAUCCAGAGAUUAGGGACAUCCUUGAAAGACUCUUAUGCAAAGACCCAGAGGAAAGGCAGAAACUCUGUAGUAACAUCAAAUGUCAUCCAUUCUUCAAGUCCAUAAACUGGAAGCAACUAGAGGCCGGCAGGAUAACUCCCCCAUUUACCAUGUAUCCUACCCCAGAGACAAUGGCUGAAGCUAUACCGUUGGAUGACCUGCUCUCACCUACAGAAUCUGCAAUAUCUUCAGAGGAUGAGCGCCUGUUCACAGGAUUCUCCUUUACCAGUGACAUGUGGACAACAAUGACCUGCGCAAGGCAAACUACCAGCUGGUGUAUCCUCCUCUAGGCAGUAGCACCACCAGCUGCCUCCUCCUCAAGGCACAAGCACCACCAGCUGCCUCCUCCUCCUGGCACAAGCACCACCAGCUGCCUCCUCAUCCCGGCAGCAGCACCACCAGCUGCCUCCUGCUCCCGGUAGAAGCACCAUCUGCUGCCUGCUCAUCCCGGCAGUAGCACCACCAGCUGCCUCCUGCUCCCGGUAGAAGCACCACCUGCUGCCUAAAUGCAUAUAGGCCAGGUUAGGGA